GAUAUCCAGCAAAAGCUUUUGUUGGUGAUACAUUCUGUUACUUUGCUGGAAUGACGUUUGCUGUUGUGGGUAUUUUGGGACAUUUCAGCAAAACAUUGUUACUAUUCUUUUUACCACAAAUAAUCAACUUUCUGUACAGCACUCCUCAGUUGUUUGGAUUAAUCCCUUGCCCACGACAUCGAUUACCUCGUUAUAAUCCUACAGAUGGUCUGCUACAUCCUAGUCGUGUUCGUUUCCAUCCCAAGUCUCUAUCACGUGCUGGAGAGUUCGUUUUAACAGUGUUUUCGCGUGUUGGUAUUAUUGAGUGUAAACUUUGUUCAGACUGUGUACCAAAUACACACGAAUCAAACAGGACUGAAAAGAACACCGAUACUGCUCCACAGACUCCUGAACAUCAGUCUGCAGAAGGUGAUCGAAAAUUGGGAAAUCGAUCACCAAGAAGUAGCAGUCCAGUGCAUAUGAAGUCACCAACUGAAGAAAUUGUUGAAGUAGAUAAUCUUACUGUCAUAAACAUGAUGCUACGUGUUUUGGGACCUAAAAAUGAACAACAGGCUACAAAUAACCUUCUAAUUUUACAGAUUCUGUGUUCCUGUUUAGCCUUCGCCAUUCGUUAUCCACUUGCUUGGUUCUUUUAUGAUGUACCAGCAUCACCAGCAAAUUGAGAAGAUGAAUCUACACAGCUUUUGUGCAGUGCGAGACAGCCGUAUGAUUGUCCCCCAUUCUUUAUUUUCUCUCCCAUCAAGGCAAUAGAUACUUUCUGGCAAAAACGAACACAUGAGGUGUUGUGUUCAUUGUAAGGAGAAUUAUUUAGAGCUAACUAGUAUAUAUGUAUGCAUAUAAUCUACUGUUACUAAUUUCAUUAUACUACUAACCAACCUCAUCUACACACACACACACACACUACUGCACUCAUUGUGUACAUCAGUUUCUUCGUGUACAUCUGCUUUCUUUUCACAUUUUGUUAAUAUAUACAUAUGUAUGAUUUUGCAAUGAGGCUUGAGCUUAUUAUUCCUCGUCACUCUUUAGAAAAAGAAAAAAAGUUGAUUUAUUUAUCUUUUGUCUUGUUGUAUAUUCCUGAUUUUGUAGCGACGAGGAGAUUAUUGGUGGGCUUUUUGUCUUUGUCGUUGACACACACACACACAUUGUCUGCACAACAACCUCUUCUGGUUCCCCUUUUUUGUUUUCCUUCUUCUUCCUCUUUUUCUUGUAUUUGACUGCAUAUUUUCAAGGCGCAUUCUGUGUGUUAAGCAUUUUUGUGCGUGGUUGCUUCCGUGUGUGUGUGAGUGUGUGCGCGUCUUUGUUGUGUAUGCCUUACGUCUAUGCCUAACUCACCUAAAUGAUGAGGGUGGCUGGGUGGGUUUUGGUUAU